GACCUGGGCUCCAUCUGCACCACUGUCCCCAAAGCCAUGCACAAUUCCCUCUGGGACACCAGAGACAUCUCCUACUCAGGAUGUGCUGCUCAGGUGUUUUUCUUUGCCUUCUUCAUGUCAGCAGAGUUUUCUCUCCUGACCGUAAUGUGCUACGACCGCUACAUGUCCAUCUGCAAACCCCUGCACUACAGGACCCUCCUGGGCAGCAGAGCUUGUGCCCACAUGGCAGCAGCUGCCUGGGCCAGUGCCUUUCUCUAUUCACUGCUGCACACAGCCAAUACAUUUUCCCUACCCCUGUGCCAUGGCAAUGCCCUGGACCAGUUCUUCUGUGAAAUCCCACAGAUCCUCAAACUCUCCUGCUCCAAAUCCUAUCUCAGGGAACUUGGGCUUCUUGUGCUAAGUGCUCUUCUAUUUUUUGCUUGUUUUGUGUUCAUUGUUUUCUCCUAUGUGCAGAUCUUCAGGGCUGUGCUGAGGAUCCCCUCUGAGCAGGGACGGCACAAAGCCUUUUCCACCUGCCUCCCUCACCUGGCUGUACUCUCCCUCUUUGUCAGCACUAGCUUUUUUGCCUACCUGAAGCCCCCCUCCAUCUCCUCCCCAUCCCUGGAUCUGGCCCUGUCAGUUCUGUACUCGGUGGUGCCUCCAUGCUACGAGAACGAGCGCGGGGAGCGCGUUUAUACCCUCAAGGACAUGCUCGUGGGGCGUCCUCGUGAUGCGUACAUCCCCAUCCAGAGGUAA